CACAUUCACCUCUCUGCAAAAUUUUAAUGGGCUAUAACGACAUGAUCAUUCCACUAUGCACGGAAGACAACAAAAGAUCCCCUCGAUAAACAGAUAAUAGAGGUCUUCACCCGACAACAAAUUCAUCGCUCAUCUUCCGCUAAAUUUGUCGACUGCUUUUCAUUGAUGUUUUGAUUCGCGCGAUCAAUCCUGCUUUUAAGCCUCCGAUAUUUGAGGCUCAGAUAUGCUACCAGACCCAGAUAAUUUGUGAAUUAUAACAACAAUGGAGGAUACUCAGAAUCGGCCAGCUGGGAAGAAGGAGUUCCCAUCUAUUGCUCCUAAAAGCAGAAGACAAAAGACUACAAGAAAACUUCAGAAAAUUAGGUUCAAAAGAAGUUUAAAUCUAAAUCGUAGCUGGGGGUCGUUGGGGCAUGAUGUCACCUCGGUGUAUGAUAUGAAACUGGCAAAGCUGAGGAGCAACAACCGAGCCCUUGCAAAAGCUUUAGCAUCACAGAAAAUUGAAACACAACAUUGGUAUAAUAAAGUGAUUUCGCUAAAAGCAGAGUUACAAGAUGCCCAGGAGUUACUCCGAAGUGGUAAUACAGAUAAUGAAGCAGCAGUUGAACGGGAGGUGGAACAACGUCUGAGAGAAUACAGUGAACCAUUCAAUGCUGCCAUUAGUGAGUCCAUGCAAAAUGUACUGGUGGUAGUGGAGAGUCUGACCAAGUUAAAAGGCUUGGCUGGAGGGGCUCUGAAGAAUCGCCGCAGCCGUUCCUCAAGUUCUUCCCGCAAAUCCUCAUCUGCCUUCUCAUUACCACGUACAUCAGGUUCUAGGUUACCAUUAGCUCCUACAGGAAGCAACAGCUCUCCACGGCAGAGUGUGGUGCGCCCUAUGGUAGGAGGUCUGGUACUCCAACCAGCAAGGGUUGCUAUUCCCAAGUUAGAUCUUACAUGGAGAAGAAGAUUACAGGAAAGAUUAGAAGCACGCCAGGACCUGGACUUGAGCAUUAUUGGUGAACAGUCUAUAAAUCAGGAAGAAGAAGAGAUCUCAAGUCAGAAUGGUACACAGGCUCAAAAUAAUUUUGACCUUAACAUGUCCAGUAGAGUGGAAGAAUUUGAAAAUUCAGAACUUGAAAACCAUUCAUAUGACGAUAGCAUUGCUACUCAGAACUCGUCAGUGGAUGAAGUGCAACCUCCAGAAGAACCAGAGGGCUCUCAGAGGAGGAGGAGAUCAGCAGUGAAUAACACACCAGAAAGUCCAAGAGGGACUGGUAGAAGACGUGGCAGAGGCCGAGGGAGAGGGAGAAGGAGAGACUCCUCAAAUGCUCGAAGCAACUCUACUGCUACCACCAAAGAAAAGCCAGAUACCACAUCCAGCACUGAAGUUCAGGGAGAUGAUGUGUCAGAUCGUCAGCCAGAAGUGACAUCACAUUGUCCAAGUCAACAGGAGGAGGAUCCAUUGGAAGGACCUAGUUGGUGGUACACGGAUCUAGAAAAUGUUCGUGGUUCCAGACGCUGUGGUCAUGGUGAUAGCAGAGGGAGAGGUCGUAAGAGGAGUUCUGGAAAAUACUCUCCUGGCAUUAAUUUAGCACUGGAAUCAUCUAGUGAAAGUGAAUGUGAUGACUUACCAUCUUUGUAAACCCAAGGUAUCGAAGAAAACCCCUGCUGGACUUCAAAGCCCACAGGCUAACAAAAAGCCUUGUUGUGCCUCGCUAGAAGUAAAUAAGAGUCCAGGAUUAUCUUUAGACCAUAGUUACCUUGCUUCACCUGCCAGCAUGUUGGCCAGAUUGGAAAACUUAGAAGCUAAAGCAGGGCGUCGAUCAAAAGCUCGGUCAAGAGGCAUGUCACUUCGGGGGAGCGUAGAAGAUGGCGGGAGGCCAAGUGAGGUUGGGACUGAAGGUGGGCGAAGGCUCACUCGGCGAAGAACAGAAAUAAAGAGAAGUAGUGUAGAAGCUGAUUCUAAAAAAAAUGAGGAUGAUUCUUUCAAUCUAAAGCUAGAGGAAACCUUGCUGGAAGGUGGGGAUAGUAUCAAGAUGGAAAGUCAAGAAAGUGAUUCAGUUCUAAUGCCUCCACCAAGAAUGCCAUUACCUGUAGUUGAGAAAGACUAUCUUAUCACUGAUAAUGACUUAACAUGCAUUGGUGAUAUUAGUAUGGAUAUGACUGAACCAUUAUCAAAGAUAAUAGGCCAGGCAGCAGUAGAUAUACACAAGAAGAUACAAAAUUGAGAGAAGAUUUUUCAAAACACAAACUCCAGAUUUACCUGGAUCACCAAAAGCAGAAGUUACAGAGAAAACCCCAUUUGAUCUUUCUCUAAUGGAUGUCACUGUAGUGAAUAUACCUCCAUAUUCUUCCAAAGGUCCUUGGAGAAAGAAAUUUACCACCACAUUUUGAUGGUGAGUAUAGUAGAGUAGAAAAAACUGAGUCAGUAACUUGAGGAGAGUGUCAGUAGUUCUAGAAGAUGUUAUGAAAUGUCCAGAUUUGCCAGAUAAAUACACACCAGAACUGAAACUUACUCUAAGUGCACAGACAGUAAAAUCUGGUGGGAACUCUUCAGGGAAAAGUAAAGAUACACUUCCUAAAGCUUCUAAAGCAGAAAGUCCAUUGCUUAAGAAGCCAAAGAAAAGAAAGACAUUAAGAUUUUCUGUUGCACAUGAAGAUGAUGAUGAAGAUGAGGACGAAAAUUUCUCCCCUGUGAAAGGAAGAAGAAGCCAAAAGGGAAGAAGAAAAACCAGUUCAGUUGGGAUGACACGAGCAAGGAG